AUGGCUACCCCAGGCAAGCCCAGGCCAUCCGCGAUGCCCCAGCCCGGACGCGCGAGCAGCAUACCAACACCGGGCAGGUCGCGUUCAGCAUCGAGCCUUUAUCAGGGCGGAAUAAACAACAUCGACGACAGGGAUAUGACCAGGGCCUUUGCAGAUGCUAUAAAGGCCAAUGACCCAGCUCAGCACCGCAUAACGACACACCACUCCUCCACAUCUCUCUCUCCAAAGUCUACAGCCCUAGCACAGUCAGGGCGACGCUCCGUCGCUGCAGGUCGUCCCCCAUCGUCAGCAUCAUCCGUUUCUGCAUUCAGCCAGUCGACACGAGCUGGCGCAAAGACUCCAGGAUCAGCACGAGCCCCAAGCCGACCACCCAGUCGACACUCUGAUCUCCACUCGAAAAAUCGUACGUUCGAGGUGGGCGACAACGUACGGAUCGAAUCACUCGGAUUCGAAGGUGUUCUCCGCUAUCUGGGUGAAAUCGAUGGCAAACCGGGUCAAUGGGCUGGCGUGGAGCUUGGUGGUGGGUUCGCUGGCAAAGGCAAAAACGACGGAAGCGUCAGUGGGAAACGCUAUUUUGAAUGCCCACCCAGCUGUGGUGUCUUUGUCGCUAUCGCAAAGCUGUCCGCUCCCACUGUGGGACCAGGAGCUGUUCCACGACCCCCGUCUGUCGCUUCGACACGGAAUGGCCGUGUGACGCCUGCAAUGUCGGGGCGCAUUACUCCUUCAUUUUCGUCCCAGACCUUCUCGGGCUUUUCAGCUCGAACACCAUCGGCCUCCUUCGCCAACGGACGGAUGACACCAGCCAACACAAGCGGCAGGAUAACGCCAUCUAUGUCGACCAGCAGAAUCGCUAGUGCCAUCACCCCAUCUGCAAAGCCACGACAAUCGCUUGCCAAAAAGUCACCAGGCCUUACGGCGGGGUCCAGGGCGUCCAAGUAUGCGAACAUGACGGCUAAAGACCUUACCAACUCCCGUUCGACCAAAUCAAGUCCUUCACCAAAGACAGCACGAGUGGUUAGUUCCCCCACUCGAGGGCCAGGGUCACCAUUUACGACGCCAAAAGCAUUGACAGCCUCGAAACUCAAUGCAGCUUUUGGCAAAGGACGGCCAUCUGGAACGACACCCCGCGCUCGUCUACCGAGUUCAGUAUCCAUGCCCCCUCCUGCAUCACCAUUCUCCAAAUCGCACCCCAAUCACCAUGAUGAAGCACCGGAAAGCAUCUCUCAAUUCAGGCUCUUUGGAGAUCGACCCGAUUCUCGACCUGGCUCGUCUGCGUCUGUUAGGUCGGACGAUAAUUCGCUGAUCGGGCGACUGCAAUCCCGGCUGGAAGCGUUGGAGUAUGAGAACGAACGGUUGAGGAUAGCUGCUGCCUCGGCACCGACAAGUCAACCUGAACCGGCGGCGGACGACGCAGAAAGGUUGAGAGAGCUCGAAGAGCUCAGAGGGGAGAAGGACGGAGCUCUCAGUCGGGUGACUGAUUUGGAAGAAGAGUUGAAGCAGGCGAAGAGUUUGACAAGUCGCCAAGAGCAAGAGGUCGCAUCCUUGAACUCAACUAUCCAGGCCCUUCAACUCGAUCUGGACAAGGAGAAAGCGGAUAGGUUGGACGAUCAGCAAGCGUUCACAAGUCUUCAAGCGGAGAUGCAGGACGUUGUGAAGGAUAUGGAGCAAUUGCAGAAGGUGUUCGAUGAUCAGCAAGCGUCGCAGUCUAAGCUGGACGAGGAUCUACAAGUGAAGGAGGCCGAGAUUGAGGCGUUGCAGAGUAAGCUUGCUCAGGUGACGGCAGAGCUCGAGGAGGAAAGGAAGGAGCUUGGGACACAGAUUGACGAGCUCAGGAUUGCUGGCCAGGAAACGAUUGCAUUGUAUGAAGAACGAUUAAGCGAGAUCGAGGGACACCGAUAUGACCUCGAGACUCGCCUGAAUGCCCUGCUCGAGAAAGCGGCCUCGCAAGACCAGCCGGAACUACCACCCCGAAUGGGCGAAACGGCCGCUGAGAUCGAUAAUGAAACUUUACGAGAACAAGUAAUUCACUUACAGAAGAAGAUAUCUAUGAUGGAGGAUAUUAUUGAGGAUCAUCGAGCCAAUGCUGAGAAGGAGGAGGCGACUCAUAGGGAGAGAAUGAAGCGGUUGAAGGAGAAGGAGGAGAGCAUGAAGAAGGAAUUGAAUGAGGGCAGGAAGGAGGUCGAGAGGGUUGUUAGGGCAGAGCAGCAGGCGAGGAAUAGGGUUGAAGAGAUUGAGGAAGCUUUGAGGGAGAGCACACUGGCGCUUGAGAAUGCGAGGGCUGAGAUUGAGAUGUUGCGAUCCGAGUUGGCUAACUUGGAUGGCCUGGUGGAAGGAAGUGCUGAUAUGGAUGGGGAUCUUUCGACUCGGAUUACUGCGUUCACGCGUCGUAUGGGUGUUGAACGUGAGCAGAAGGACAAGGAAAUCGAGAGGCUCAAGGCUGAGCUCAAGGCUGCUCGGGAAUCUCCAGAGAUCCUGGAUCUUACCGCUCAGUUGAAUGCUACUCGACUUGACCUGGAGGAACGGGAACGAGAUAUCAAGGAGCUCAAGAAACGGAUGCGGGACGUGCCUGUGGUUAACGGCUCGUUGGAUACCAGUAAAGCUCUCUCGCCAACAUCUUCCAAGAGUGAUAGCAAGGAGGAAGUCACUGGCCUCAAGCAUAUCAUCCAGGAACUUCAAAAGGACAACUCUGCUUCGCUCAGCAAGAUCCAUAUGCUCGAAUCUGAGAACGAGCACCUUCGCUCGGAAGUGGAGCAAUUGCGACAGGAGGUUCGAAUCUUGGAGGAGAAUCUGGAUGACAGUCUUCAGAAUGACGACUUGCCUGAUGAUACGUCAUUGUUGCAACGACGAACGAAGCAGCAAGCGCUCGAGAUUGAGCAGCUCAGGAAGAAACUUUCGGAUCUGGAGGUGAAUCACGGGCGAACUAUCCAUGAGCUGAACAAGGAGAUUGGUGAAUUGGAGGCGCUCGUGGAAUCCAAGAUUUAUCGCGAAGACGAGCUGGAACAAGAGAUUGAACGGCUCAAGGAAAAGAUUUCUCGAGCAAAGAAGAGGAGUGUUGAACCGAGCAAUGCCAGCAACCGAUUGAGUACGAGCAGCGUGUCGAGCUCUGAGGUUGUGGGCAACAGUGGAUCGCAGGUGUGCGAGAUCUGUGAGCGACCUGGACACGAUAUCUUCAACUGCGACUUGCUCAAGGACGACAUGCCAACGACGCCGAGCACGACAUCGUCUGAACUUGUUUGCGCCGAUUGCGAGACGCCAGGACACACGGCAAGCGAAUGUCCAUAUUCACAAGACGUCUUCUGA